CCGUGUCAUAGAUGUCACCACCAAAACCCAUCAAAAUCAAUAAAUAAAAAAAAUGAAGAAACCGUUGUUUAUCUUCAUCCUCAUGUGCACACUGUCACUUCUCUCAGGCCAAGCCCUGCAGGUUCCCGUCCGCGACACUGACCGGAAUUUCCUCUUAGCUGGCACCAGCUACUACAUCUUGCCAGCUAUCCGUGGCAGAGGAGGCGGUGUAACCCUAGCCACCGGAAGAGAUCAGCCGUGCCCUAAUGAUGUAGCGCAAGAAAACAACGAAGUGAGCAAAGGGUUACCCUUGAAUUUUGCACCUGCAAACACCAGCAAAGACGGCAUCAUCCGCCAAUCCACUGAUCUUAACGUUAAGUUCUCCGGUAAGGCGACUACUUGUAUUGAUACUGCAGUUUGGCGGGUCGAGGACGAUCUUGAUAUUGGGUUACGGAUCGUGUCAAGCCAUGCGAUCCUAGGACAGCCAGGCAGGGAAACUAUAAGGAACUGGUUCAAGAUCGAGAAGUAUGAGAACGCUUACAAGCUGGUUUACUGCCCCACGGUGUGCAAUGAUUGCAGGCCAUAUUGUGCAGAUAUUGGUUCUACGAUUGCUAAAAAUGGACGUAGAAUCCUUGUUUUAAAUAACGUGCCUCUUAAGGUCAUGUUCAAGAAGGCAUAAUCACUUUAAUGCCCAUGAUCAUGAAUGGUUGUAGCUUUGAAUGUUUGAUACACUACUUGUGUUGUAAAUUUGUAAUGACAUGUAAGAUAUAAUAAAAGGGACGUUAUGUCCUAAGCGUUCUCAUAUAAA